CGGCGGGGUGGGCGAAGAUGCCGUUGCCGGUCCAGGUGUUUAACUUGCAGCAGCCAGCCAGCUCUGUGUCAGGGUCGGGGGGUGCAGAGAGUCAGGACAGGAUGAGGGGUGGCCCGGCCCCCAGCGCGGCCGCCGCGGCGGUGGCAGAUCUGUACCGCGCCCCUCUCAGCAGUAGGUCAGACCUCUUCCUGCCGGGCACGGCCGGGGACUUCAGCCUGAGCGCCAGCCUGUCGGCCUGUACGCUGCUUUAUGAGGGGGCUGUGGAGCCCAUGCAGAUUGAUGUGGACCCCCAGGAAGACCCGCAGAACGCGCCUGAUGUCAACUAUGUGGUGGAGAACCCCACCCUGGACCUGGAGCAGUAUGCAGCCAGCUACAGUGGCCUGAUGCGCAUCGAGCGACUGCAGUUCAUUGCUGAUCACUGUCCACCGCUGCGGGUGGAGGCCCUGAAGAUGGCCCUCUCCUUCGUGCAGAGGACCUUCAACGUGGACAUGUAUGAGGAGAUCCACCGGAAGCUCUCAGAGGCCACCAGAGAGCUGCAGAAUGCACCUGAUGCCAUCCCUGAGAGUGGCGUGGAGCCCCCGCCCCUGGACACGGCCUGGGUAGAGGCCACGCGGAAAAAGGCCCUGCUGAAGCUGGAGAAGCUGGAUACAGACCUAAAGAACUACAAGGGCAACUCCAUCAAGGAGAGCAUCAGGCGCGGCCACGAUGACCUGGGUGACCACUACCUCGAUUGUGGGGACCUCAGCAACGCACUCAAGUGUUACUCCCGCGCCCGGGACUACUGUACCAGCGCCAAGCACGUCAUCAACAUGUGCCUCAACGUCAUCAAGGUCAGCGUCUACUUGCAGAAUUGGUCUCACGUGCUAAGCUAUGUCAGCAAGGCUGAGUCCACUCCAGAGAUUGCUGAGCAACGUGGGGAACGGGACAGCCAGACCCAGGCCAUCCUCACCAAGCUGAAGUGUGCCGCAGGCCUGGCCGAGCUGGCUGCACGCAAGUACAAGCAGGCUGCCAAGUGCUUCCUGCUGGCUUCAUUCGAUCACUGUGAUUUCCCCGAGCUGCUUUCCCCCAGCAACGUGGCCAUCUACGGUGGCCUGUGCGCCUUGGCCACUUUUGACCGGCAGGAGCUGCAGCGCAAUGUCAUCUCCAGCAGCUCCUUCAAGUUGUUCUUGGAGUUGGAGCCACAGGUUCGGGACAUCAUCUUCAAAUUCUAUGAGUCCAAAUAUGCCUCAUGCUUGAAGAUGCUGGAUGAGAUGAAGGACAACCUACUCUUGGACAUGUACCUGGCCCCCCACGUCAGGACCCUGUACACCCAGAUUCGCAACCGUGCCCUCAUCCAGUAUUUCAGCCCCUAUGUGUCAGCUGACAUGCGCAAGAUGGCCACAGCCUUCAACACCACAGUGGCAGCACUGGAGGACGAGCUGACGCAGCUCAUCCUGGAGGGGCUCAUCAAUGCACGCAUUGACUCCCACAGCAAGAUCCUGUAUGCCCGGGACGUGGAUCAGCGGAGCACCACCUUUGAGAAGUCCUUGCUGAUGGGCAAGGAGUUCCAGCGGCGUGCCAAAGCCAUGAUCCUGCGCGCGGCUGUGCUGCGCAACCAAAUCCAUGUCAAGUCCCCUCCGAGAGAAGGGAGCCAGGGGGAGCUGACACCUGCCAACAGCCAGUCCCGAAUGAGCACCAACAUGUGAGGGUGCCUGUUGGCUUCCAGGAUCGUCUGCAUGCCCUCAUCCUGCCCCAUGCCCCAACCUGCAGACUCGGACACCUGGGCCUCCUAUCUGCCUGCAUAGGACUUCUGGAGGUGCCACCUGUGGCCCACUUGCAGAGGCCUGGCCACUGAAUGCCAGCUCUUGCCCCCUACCCAGGCUUCCACGUGUCCAGCUUCUCCUGCCCCCUCCCCUAUGCUGUGCCCUGUGCUGGGGCCCUGGGGAGGUGGUGAGGCCUGCAGGGCUCACCUGUGUGGCACCUGGCCCCCCCCCCCCCAGCAGCACUGCCUCCCAGCCCCUGUUCAUGCAUUGUUUGGGAUUGCAGACAAGGUGAUGAAUCUUAGUCCAUUAAAGGGCAGCCUGAGAACACU